AGCUAAGCUUUUGGAACUUAGAGUUAAGCAGUUACCUUCCCUCAACUAUAAUAUCUCGACCAAUCAACCCCUUCCCCAUUUCUCUCUCUCUCUAUCUCUCUCCAAUAAGUGUUCAUUUUUCCUAAAUAACUGAAAGUGUUGUUACACCUAUUCUUGUUUACCACAAAAUUCUGAGUUUCAUCAUAGGAGAGAAAAUAUGACAGAAGAGCAACCUAAAAAGGUAGAGUUAGAAUCACAACCACCACCUGCUCCUGCUCCUGCUGAGGCUGAACCUGUUCCUGAGGCUCCAAAGGAUGUGGCUGAGGAGAAAUCUGUGAUUCCAGUGCCCUCUUCAGAUGACAAGCCUGAUGAGUCCAAGGCUCUUGUCUUGGUUGAGAAGACUGAAGAAGUUGAUGAAGUGAAACCAUCUGAAGGCUCUAUAAAUAGAGAUGCUGUGCUUGCCAGAGUUGCAACUGAGAAGAGGCUAUCACUAAUCAAAGCAUGGGAAGAAAGUGAAAAAUCAAAAGCUGAAAAUAAGGCUCACAAAAAGCUUUCAGCCAUUUCAGCAUGGGAAAACAGUAAGAAAGCUACAGUGGAGGCUGAACUGAAAAAGAUUGAAGAACAAUUGGAGAAGAAAAAGGCAGAAUAUGCAGAAAAAAUAAAAAACAAAGUAGCUGCGAUCCACAAGGAAGCUGAGGAAAGAAGAGCAACGAUUGAGGCAAAGAAAGGGGAAGAUCUUCUUAAAGCAGAGGAGACAGCUGCAAAGUAUAGAGCAACUGGAACAGCUCCAAAGAAACUCCUUGGUUGUUUCUAAUGCUUCAAACUCCAAGCAUUGUUGGAAACAAAUAUGUUAAUUAUUAUUGUGUAUCUUCUUCUUUGACUUUUUAAAUAUCAUCAAUACAAGUGUGUUUAUGUUAGAGAUUUUGUCCAUGUUCAUUUGUUAUGUGUGCAAAUCUACACAUUGGGGUGUAUAUACCAACUACGUUGUGGAUAAAGAAAUUAAAUUAUUCCAUUUGUGGAUGA